GAAUCGCCUCGUUUCCGGUGGCAGCGUCGAAACUUCUUUAACCCAAACCAAAAUUUCAUCUUCCUAUCGCCAUGGAUUUCCAUACCUUGUCAAGGAGAGAGCUCCAAGCCCUUUGCAAGAGGAAUAAGAUUCCGGCCAAUAUCACUAAUGUCGCCAUGGCCGAUGCUCUUGCUGCUCUUCAAUCCGUUGAAGGGAUCGAGGAGUUUUUGAACGGUGAUAGAUCUGGAGUAUCUGAAUCGCCGAUGAAAGUAGAGGUUAUCUCCUUGGAAAUUCCACGAACUGCAUUGAGAACUUCGACAAGAAGAAAAGCCGUCAAAGAUGAGACAAUUACCACUCGAUCACGCCGAGGUGCAGUGGCAAGAGGCACAGAGGAAUCGGAAAACAGAGAUUUUAAUAUGGCUUUGACUACUCCAUCAUUGCCUGGUAGCCGGAGAAGGACAGCGGCGGCUUCUUCAGCUUGCAAGAAAGUGGAUUUCCAGAUGACGGUUGAUGAUCAGAAAGAGGAUAAUGAUCUAGAUCAAGAAAAGAAAGAGAUUGAAAAGACUCCUGCUGUGCCUAAAAGCCAGAAGAGAGUUGUCGGGGCCUCAACUCGUAAACGAACCGAGACUAGAAACAAUGGGGCUGCAGAGCAACGAGUUUACAGUACUAGAAGGUCUGUCAGAUUGCUGGAGAAGAAUAUGGAGAGCUUGAGUUUAGGGGGAGAUGAGGAAAUGGAACCAAUUAGUGUCCAUAUGUCGUUCGAAGAUAUGCCCAACAGUUCAGUACCCGUGAAGGAAAAUACGGAAUUAGAAAUUGAGUCUAAGAUAAUCGAUGAAUCCGAAAGCAAAUUAGAUGAAGAUUUGAGAGUGGAAGUUGAUGAUGGAGAGAAGAGUGAGAUAGGGUCUGAAGUAAAACUCUCGGAGGAGGAACCAGAAAUAGUUCUUGAUGAUCUGUUAAAAUCUUCUGAUGAAAAUGUAGUUACUGCAAAGAGCGUCGAUGAUUCUGAAACAGAGGCACUUCAUGCUAAUUUGGAUGUGAAAUGCUUCUCUGAAGAUAAAGUAAAUGAAGCUUCGAAAGCUGUGGAGAUUUCUGCUGAGGAAAUCAAUGAAUCUGACAAAUCUUCUCUGCCUACUGAAGACUUGGAUGUAACUGAAGUUGUUCACAAAUCGAACAUUGCAGAAGAAUUUGGUAUGGAAGUUGAAUGUAAACAAAAUGAGUCUACCUCUGAAUUGGAACAUAAAAUUGAAGAAGAUGUUGAAGAAGAAAAACACGUGAAUAAUUCUGCUGAAGAACUGUCUCUUCCCCAUGAAAAUGUGGAAGAAGAAACCGAAGUUGAUGGAGAUGAUGAUGUCUUGAGCAGUGAUGAAGAAUCUUUAAUGGAAGUGAAAGACGAUCAAGAUGAAUAUGAUUACAAAUCAGAUCCCACAUCCGAAGAUGAAGCAUCAGAUGCUGACAUUGAAGGAGACAAGAAGGAAACAGAAAUGGAGAAAAGUUCGGUUCAAGCUGAAGAAGAUGAUACCAUAAUCAACAAGUCCGUGGAGGAGUUCCCUGAGAAUGUUGCUGAUGAUUUGGUUGAUGUCAAGAUCCAAUGGCAAAUGGAAGAAGAAGCUCCUCCUAAAGACAUAACCGUCGAAGCUAUCGACUCACAACCCAAAAUCCCAAAUGCCAUUGUUCAAUGUGAGGAAGCUUUGGUGGAAAUCACUACCACAUCCUCCAACAACAAUGCAGUUCAAUCAUUGGCAAACCAAUUCCCUAGGCCAACAAUAGAAGCCAAAUCUCCCGUUAAAGAACAAAUCAUUAGUCUGCUAAUGGACAACCUAGAUGCUGAGGAAGAAGAUGAAAAAGAACAGAACAAAGCAAAGUGCAUUCAGAUUGUGGAGAAGAAUGAUGUUAGCCUAAGGCAGCUGAAGAAGAUGUUCAAGGAAAAACUCCAACUUAACAAAAAGAAGAUGGACAAUAAUAACAUCAACACAAAAGUUGUUGGAGGUGGGGUGAAGGUGAGAACUGCUUUACAACCGGUGCUGGAAAACAGAAUGACCGUGGAUGAAUUGGAGAAGAGACAUUAAAAGUCUGAGAAUGAUAGAAAAUUGUGCAUGGUUCAAACUGUGGUUUGCCUCAUGUUAUUGAUUUUGUGAUUGUUUUAUUUUUUCCAUGAUGUUUUUUGAGAGGAGGAAAAAAUGAGGUAAACAAUUAGUUUGUCUGAAAUUUUGUUCAUCAGUUCAAUAAUAAAAUGCUAUGCAGUUUGUGUUUCA